GGCUGGCAGAAGAUCAUGUACCGACGCAUCCAAGAAGGUGGCGCGCUGCUGAUGGAGACGACAGACGGCUCGGGUAAGAAGAAGGGAAAGACCAAGUACACGUCCAAGGGUCUUUCCAACGUGUUGAUGCAGCUGCGCAAGGUGUGCAACCACCCUUACCUGUUCCAGACAAAUGAUUACCAGAUCGACUUCGACAUCGUUCGGUCAUCGGGCAAGUUCGAGUUGCUGGAUCGCAUGCUGCCGAAGCUGAAAGCUGCAGGUCAUCGCGUGCUGAUGUUCAGUCAGAUGACGCAAUUGAUGCACGUGCUGGAGGACUACUUCAACUAUCGUGGCUUCCGCUACCUCCGUCUGGAUGGUUCCACAAGUGCUGAUGAACGUGAACAGCGAAUGUUCAUGUUUAACGCGCCGGACUCACCGUUCUUCAUCUUCCUUCUCAGUACUCGUGCUGGUGGUCUCGGACUCAAUCUCGCGACAGCUGACACGGUCAUUAUCUUCGACAGUGACUGGAACCCUGCCAUGGAUGCACAGGCCCAGGAUCGCGCGCAUCGUAUCGGUCAGAAGAAUGAAGUGCGCGUCUUCAGACUUGUCACCAACAGUCCUGUGGAGGAGAAGAUUCUGUCGCGUGCGACCGACAAGAUGAAUAUGAACAAUCUCGUUGUGGAGGCUGGUAAGUUCAACAACCGCUCCAAGGAGGCAGAACGACGUGCGAUGCUCGAGAGUCUCAUCAAGAUGGAGCAGGAGGAGGCAGCACACGCAGCUCACGGCGAUGAUGACGCAUCGAACGUUCUGUUGGAUGACGAGAUUAAUGAGAUGAUGGCGCUGACCGAUGAAGAGCUCGCUUUGUACCAGCGUCUGGAUGGUGAGCGUAAGGCUCGUGAGGCGAAGGAGUGGGAGGAGUACUGCAAGCAAUACCAUGUCCCGCACACUCCCCGUUCUCGCCUGAUGUCAGAGAAGGAUGCCCCGGCUUGGCUGCGCGAAGCCAACGAAGUUAUGGAGCACGACAUUGCCACCGGAAAGCACGACAAGGACAGCUGGAACUUUGACAUGGAAACCGUUGCAGGCAAACCGCGCAAGCGCAAGGAGAUGUCGUACCGCGAUCAGUUUACCGAUGCUGAGUUCGUUAAGAUGUGCGAGGAUGGAAUCGAUGAGGACGAGAUGAAGGCUGCGGCGAAGAGUCCCAAGAGCUCCAAGCAAGGCAAACGGAAGCGCGACGAGGACGAAGAGUUCGUGGAUACUGCUGCCGCUGAUGAAGUUGAAGACGAAGACAACCCCAAUGAAGACGACGCGGGUCGGCGCGAACGCAAGAUGUUGUGCUACUACUACCGCAAGGUCUACGAGGCCGUUACCAAACUCAAAGAUCCCACAGGACGUCUACGCUCCGAGUUGUACGUGGAGAAGCCGUCGCCAGUGGACUACCCUGACUACUACGGCAUCGUGAAGACUCCGAUGGACUUGAUGACCAUCAAGACGCGCCUCGACAAAUACUACUACGCGUCGCACGAACAGUUUGAAGCCGAUUUCAACCUCAUGAUCAGCAACGCGCAGCUCUACAACCAUCACGAGUCGCUGGUGGUAUACGACGCUCUGGAGAUCGACAAGUGCGUCAAGACGAAGAUGAAGCCGCUGCACUUGAAGACGAUGGAGCAGAUCGCAGCGGCGUACGAGAAGGCCAAGAAGGACCACAAGCGCCGCUCCAAGCAGCGCAAGGACAAGAAGCGCCGGCAUCACUAAGGGAAGUUAAGUUGUCCACGUCAACGUGCAUUACUCCAUUCCAGCGUACAAAAUCUAUCGACCCUCCUUGUCUCGUAGUAGUAGUUCUUAUCGCGUGUAUCAUCGUUAUACUUGAACGCAUGUUAGGUAAAGUAGCCGGCGUCGAUGGCGUCCGAGCUCGUGCCCUUGCUGUCCAACACGCCAAUGUUCCUCGACGACGGAGCCUCCUUGAACGUCUUGUAUGUGCGCUAUGAAAGACAACCAUGCAACCAGUAAGCAACUCGUCAUCGCUUGCAACUCAAAAACACAAGACAACCUCCACCCACCUCAAGGUUAUCAUUAACCGCCAUGACCGCGGCCAAGUUGCCGAAGCGGUGGCAGUAGUUGGGCGCGCUCCAGACUGUCGAAAAGGUUUCUCGGAAGAGCACCUGGUAGCCUUCCAUGCACAACUGGUGCGCUCGGGCCAUGUGCGAAAGCUUGUUCGUGUGCAGGAACUUCUCCACCACGUCCUCUCCGAAGAUGUAGCCCGCUCCUCUCGGCGACUGCAAGCAAACCACAAGCAAACCACGAAUCAACCGAUCAGUACACUCUUCUCCUUUCACUCUCCUCUCCUUUCCGCCCUCACCAUGUGGAAGCCGAGCGUCUUGGAGUCCGGGUCGGACCACACAAUGUCGGCGAAGAUGCCGUCGGGCGGGAUCUCCUGGAACCGGUCGAGCAUGCGCAGCUGGUCCAGAUGAUGCAGCGCCGGGCUGAGUCCGCCGUGCAGACACAGCAGGCGGUCGUCGAUGAGCGCGCCCAGCGGCAGGAAGUCGAAGAGCUCCAUGAAGGCCUUGUAGAUGCGCGCGUCGCCGUCGUACUUCUUCAUGCACUCGAUCUGGAAGCCGUAGACCUGCGUCGUCUGGCGCGACUCGUGGUUGCCGCGCAGCAGCGUCACGCGCUCCGGGUAGCUGGCCUUGAGCACGCAGAGCAGCGAGAUGGUCUCCACGCUCAUGGCGCCGCGGUCCACGAAGUCCCCGAGGAAGACGUAGCUCGUGUCGGGCGCUUGGCCCGCCAGCUUGAAGAGCUCCAGCAGGUCGUGGAACUGCCCGUGGAUGUCGCCGCACACGGCCACGGGCGACGCCACGCGCACCACGUUGUCGUCCUCCACCAGAAGGUCCUUCACGCGCUCGCACAGCGCCAGCACGGCGUUGCCCUCCAGGUGCUCGCCGCGCUGCAGCCGCUCCAGGUGCCGCCCGUAGUGCGUCGCCAUGAUACGAGUAUUUCGCAGUCGCGUCGAAAAUGGCGAGGCGUCGUGUGAACCACAUCUAUUGGUGUGAACCACAGGACGAUAAAGUCCACGUGAGGUGGACAUCUUCGACUCAACUGUAUUCGGGACAACAGAAGCUUGUUUGGAAGUCGUUACUACAACAUUGCUACAACAUCACGAUAUCUUAAUGAGAGCAACACAGUACAGCGUUGUGUUGCUCGGUAAUUUAUGCCCAAUUUAAUUUUCGAAGAAGUUCAAAUUGAAGUUGAAAUUUCACCAAGAUAUUUCCAUACCAUUAAAGUACGAAUCUCCGGAUGCCGGCCGAAGAGGCCACGAAGCAACCCACGGGUGCGAAAGGGGUGAAGAAAUCGCCCGCGAAGGCGAAAAAAAUGACGAAGGCGAAGAAGCCAGUGUCCGCUGUGAAGGGUAAGUGCAAAUAAUGCUGUGAAUACUGUCACAAAUUGAUCUAAUACGUCUCAACGUUGCUACUGCUUAGACAAGCGGAUCAAGGGAGUCGGUAAGGUGCUCGAGUGAGCGAACAGCGCCGUGAAGAAGACCAGCGUAGGGUAAGCAAAAACGAUAUGGUUUGAACAAGGUGGCUCUAAUGGGCACUAACUGCUUUUAUUUCACAUACCCGCUGCUACUUCCUGUACAAUAGGACGACGUGCUUCUCUACGAGCGCGAAAACCCGUUGACUACCUCCGUGCAGUGCUGGGUUUUGUCCAGGACCACGCCAGUGAUGAUGAUUAUCGUCCUGAAGACGACCCGGACGAUGGCGUCGACGACCGGGACGACGGCCCCGACCUCGUGGACAACCUGGACGACUCGGACAUCUUGCUGGGCACCGACGGACCCAACCAGAGCACGAGGAGCAACGUCAACUCGAGCGUUAUGCCGAAUAAAGUGCUACCCGUACAGGCCGCUACGCCGAGCGGCAUUGUGCACCAGGUUGAGGUGCCAGAUGACACGGCGCUCGACCAGCACGACGCGCUAGAAGCGGAGGGGCUGGGGAAGGACGCGGCGUCGGACGCCCCGGAGCUCAACCAGGCCAAUGCGCCGGAGGACAAGGCGCCCAGCAAAGGCACGAUGCCGGGCGACUCGGCGCCCGACAAGGACGAUGUGCUGGCCGACAAGGCGCCCGGCCAGGACGUGGUGCAGGACGACUCGGGGCCCGGCCAGGACGUGAUGCUCGACGAUUCGGCGAUCGCCAAAGAUGACCUGCUGGACGACGCGGCGCCUGCCAAGGACGACGUGCCGGUCGGCAAUAUGCCAGCCUUCGAGGGUGGGCGGGAUGGUGAGGCCGGAGUUUGCUCACAGUUUGGCUGUGUACCUGCCCUGAACGUAGUGCUCCAUACCGGCGGGCAUGACGACGACGAGCA